UCACUUCCUAUAUUGAUAUUAUUGAACUUAAAAACAUAACACAAAAAUGUAAACCAAAAAGCAGUGCAUGGCCCGUGCGAAUGAUUGAUAGACAUCAUGUUAAAUUUGAAACUUCACAUACGUUUCUUCUGUUCAACAAUUUAGAAUUCAAAUCUAGACCAUAUUUCAUUAUCGUAAGUGCGAAGUUGUUGCAACGGAAACAAAUAUUGACAACUCAUUUUCAUUUUAAGUGUUGACGACGAAGAGGACAUUUGUAUUUUCCAAAGAGACUCAAAGCAUCGGGAGGAAGAAACGAUCUUAACGCCUUCUAUAUCGUCAUGUUAAUAAUUAUUUUCGUUAUAGCAAUGCUUGCCUGCGAGGUAAAAAUGUCGGCUUGGAACGCAAAAAAUGACGAAGGUGCACUCCAUGUUGACGGAGACAUCAUUUUGGGCGGGCUGUUUCCGCUUCACAAAAAAAGCAAAAAAGAUGAAAACACGUGUGGUCCCUUUAGUGAAGUACCAGGUUUCCAAUACAUGGAAGCGAUGCUCUUCACGAUCCGAGAAAUCAACUCCGAUCCCAACAUACUCCCAAACAUCACACUGGGCAAAGAAUUUCAUAAAAUGACAUUGUCAAGUAAUCGCAAUUCUACGUUGGCAGGAGUAAUCGGGGCGCUUAGUAGCGGGGUUUCUGAAACUGUUGCAAAUUUUCUUCGUGUCUUCGAGAUUCCUCAGAUCAGCUAUUCUUCAACGAGUAUCAUCUUAAGUAACAAAGAUAUCUACAGUUACUUUCUGCGCGUCGUUGCACCAGAUUCAUUUCAAGCUCAGGCAAUGGUUGAUAUUCUCGUAGAGUUUAAUUGGACUUAUGUCUCCACCAUCAACUCAGCCGGACCAUACGGUACGGAAGGUAUGAAAAGUUUACGGAAGUGGCCCAACGGAAUGAUACUUCUACGAAUUUUGGGAACAUCGAUUCAAUUGUCUUCCCAAGACCGUUGCUGGGAGCCAAUCCAAAAUUGCCAAGGCGACGAAUCUCUUGCCGACGUCGAUAUUGAAUACAGUCCAGUCAGGGUGGUAAUCAAUGCCGUGAACGCAUUUGCCAAAGCGUUGCAUAGCCUGCACAAAGAGCUGUGCCCAAACAAAAGUGGGCUGUGCUUCAAGAUGAAUCGUAUUGAAAGACGGAGAUUGUUGGACCACCUCAAGAAUGUAUCUUUCUGGGAUCCGUCCGUGAAUAGCGCGUUCAGGUUUGAUCAGAAUUACGAGGUCAGCGGCAUGUACGACAUCGUCAAUUUUCGACAGGAAGAUGGCGUCAAUAAAUACAUCCGAGUGGGAACCUGGGACGGUGACAUAAACGAAACCGGUCAUAUUACGUCACGGUUGAUAAUUAAGAAGAAAAUAACUUGGCUGAAAGGUGAAAGUAAUCCACCUUCGUCUUUCUGUACAAAAACAUGUCGCCAUGAUGAGACUAGCGUACGGAUACCAACGUUCGAUUUUAAAUGCUGCUGGAGUUGCCAUGAAUGCGAACCACAAGAAAUAGUUAACAACAACACAUGCGUCAGCGGUCCUGUAGGUUGGCUUCCUAACAUGAACCGCAGUGGAUGGGUAAAACGCAAGGUGGUCUUUGUCGAUUGGAACAACGGUUUAUCAAUUGCAUUGGUGACUUUAUGUUUUAUGUCGCUUGCACUCACGUUUGCUGUAUUUGCGUCAUACAUCUUACACAAAAAUCACACCUUAAUAACGGCGGGCGGGCGGGAGCUGAGUUUUAUUCUGUUACUUGGUAUAAUUUUGUUUUAGCGUGCCCAUGUUAUUUUGAGAAAACCACAGAAAUCCAUCUGUUUGGCGCGAAAUUUGAUGACAGGCCCCACGCUCACAAUGUGUUAUGCUCCCAUGUUGAUGAAGAUCCACCGACUGUAUCAGACCACUAUGAACGCAACCACGACGACACAAAAAAUCUUAACAAACCGCAUGCAACUGUUGGUAACGAUUGGCAUGGUAACAACACAACUCUUCUUCACAACUCUAUGGUUAACCAUCAAUCCUUCGUAUCCCGAAGAGAAUUACUACAGCGAAAGAGAGGAACUGGUGCUAGAAUGCACCCCGGAUGUUGUGGGUUUUACAGUCAAUCUCAACUACGUCAUGCUGCUGAUGAUAUUGUGUACAGUGUACGCAUUCAAGUCGAGGAAGAUCUUGGAGACUGUCAACGAGUCGAAGUACCUUCUCUUCACAAUAUUUACGUUUGCGUUGCUUUCCAUUCAACUCAUGUUCACAACUCUUUGGUUUAUUGCAAAACCAGUGACGGCAACUGAGAAAUAUUACAGCAAUCGCAAAGAGCUAGUCCUGGAAUGCGAAGUUGACCAGCUCAGCUUCUCCGUAAACUUGUGCUAUGUUAUGGUUCUCAUGAUACUUUGCACCGUCUAUGCCUUCAAGACGCGGACAUUCCCGAAGAAUUUCAAUGAGUCCAAGUACAUUGGGAUAACCAUGUACAUCACGUGUGCCGUGUGGCUCGGUUUUUUCCCAUUCUACUUGAACACGAAGGACAGUUCGACGCAUAUUUAUCUCAUUUCGUUGGCAAGUAUCGUGAUAGGCCUGAUCACACUAGUCGGCCUGUUCUCGCAAAAGAUUUACAUCAUCUAUUUCGUGAAGAAUCUACGGAAUGAUGACUUGGUGAUGACGUCACGAUCUACUCAACGGCAUUUGCCUGGUUCCGAGGAUCGACGAGAAAUCUCGAACCACGUGAAUGAUAUGACGGAUAAAAAGCUAAACGGACAUAGUGAUGCGUCGUGAUGAAGUAUGGAAACGAUGAUUUUUAAUUAUUCGAUACACUUGUUAUGUUACAAUAGUUAUGCUGUGCACUAUUUAUGUUGCAUCUGUGUUGUAAAACUUGUAUAACAACAGUGCCGUUGUACAAAUUACGAAACACAAAACAUGCUUACAAAAGAACAUUGAACAAUUUGUGUUACAUAAGUUAUGUUACAAUGGCUAUGUUGCAUUUGCCAUGUUAUACAAGUUACAUUUAACACUUGGUAUGUUAGAUAAGUUAUACUACAAUGGCUAUGUUGCAUUUGUCAUUUAACACAAGUUAUGUUAUGGUAAACAUACCCCACACCAGUUAUUUUACACUUAUCAUGCAGAACUGUAAAUAUUUUAUGAUAAGAUAACGAGAUAUUGAAGCAAUAUUUAAUAUUCCUAAAAAAUAUGGAUGACGGCUAUUGACCUUAAAA